GUGCUGUGCACAGCGUCAGAGUCCAUCGAUGACAUGCACAGCACAGCACAGCACAGCACCUGAUGACGUGGCAGGCCCGAUCUCGGCACAUUGCAUAACGAGCGCAAUUCCCGCCUCCUAACAUUUCAAUCCUUAGGAGGUUCCAAAUUCAGCAUUUAGGUCCACUUUCCGGUUGGCAUUUAGGCCGAUUCGCCAACAUUCCACCCGCCCUCUAGACCGCCUUGUUGAACGGGUAGCGAAGCUGCUGUCCUCCGUAGUACCGCGCGUAGGUACUGUGUGUGUAGUCCCGUGUGUAGUUCCUUGGGCCUUCGAAUCGGCCCAGUCCCCUUCUCGCUGGCAGUUUCUCGCUCCAACGUUCGUAGUCACAGCAGGUGCCAAGAGCACCGCAUGCCGCACGGUGUCUCGAAGAGAGGCGCAUGCUCGCGCAAUCAGCUAGUCUGUGCCGUCCCGCGCGCUCUACCCUACUGCGCGUGCUCCUUUCCCCUCUCCACUUCCGAUUCACUCUCCCCGAAUAUUCUUCUCUCAUAGGCUUCCUCGCGCCAGUUGCCGCUUUAACCAGCGCAGCAGCUUUCGAGCGUCAGGGCUUCCCGUCAGCUCAAAUCACGACUCCCUUUCGCUAGUGUCACACUCUGAUAGCAUGGCGAGUCUUCUCGAGCGGACGGAGAUCGGCGCGCUUGUAUCGGAGAAGAGGGAGAUUAUAUCGGUGCCCGACACCGCCACUGUGCUGGACGCUCUCGAGCUGAUGAACGCCAACAACAUCAUCGCGCUGCCAGUAGCAGCACCGCCAGGGAAGUGGCUUGGGCUGGUGGCGCCAACAUCAUUGACGGGGAGAAGCAGUACAUU